CCCAUAAACGGAAAACGGAGAGUGGGCCAUAAAAAGGUUUGGCUCUGGAAGUCAGGCCUAAAGACCGUUCGACUUUUUGGUUUAUGGUCAAUUAGAGAGCGCCUCAUUUGCAUUUUGGUCUUGACAUGGCCAAAUGCGAAUGUCUCUUUGCUGUGGGCCUGGUUACAUUGCUCUUAACCACCUCCCUCGACGCCAUUCCAACUUGGAGAUGUUUGUACAAUGAAUUCCCAGUGGACGUGCAGAAGAUCAAGGGCGGCUGGUAUGUUUAUGGGACCAAUCCGGGCAGAAUAAAAGCCUGCUUCUUUGAAGAUCUGGAUCUCUAUUGGACAAGGAUCACCAACACGGACUAUGAUAAUUAUGCGGUGGAACUUCACUGUUCCUUGCCCUGGAUGCGUCACCAGUUGGCCAUCUACACCCGGCAGCCCAUUCCCACCGAGGAAACUCUCGCCGAGAUAUCUUCGUACCUCAAGACGGUUGAUCUGUCACUGAAAAACUUCACCUUAAGCCGGCAGAGAAAGGACUGUCGGUCGAGGAAGCCUCCGAUAAUGCAGCGCUGGCACUUGUCCAGGUACCUGGUCAUGGACUAUAAUCCGGUUUAUGUCAAGCCCUUGGUGGAGAACGAAAACAUCUGAGCCAGUCAUUGUAUCAUCGCAUCUCUCCUCUCAAGCUGGCAACUUUCUUUGGCCAGAAAUUUACAUACGCCAAAUUUGGUACAAAUAUGCGAAUAUCUUAAAACAAAGAACGAACUUUUUUUUAAGAAAACCGAAGGGAAGAUACUCUGU